UAUCGUUCUUUACCCCUCCACCUUUCUGCACCCCAUCGCGAUCGCAUGCGCCGCGCCCUCCAAUCCAUGCCUCCUUCGAUCGCCUCCUCUCGCCUCCUCGAUCGAUAGCUGCGCGAGUCGAGUUUGGGGUUAUAGUAGUUUAGGGCUUCGUUGCGGCGCGGGGUGAGAAUGACGCAGAACGGGAAGCUGAUGCCUAAUCUUGACCAGCAGAGCACCAAAGCUCUCAACCUCAUCGUUCUCCAGCGGAUCGACCCCUUCGUGGAGGAGGUCCUCAUGACCGCUCCCCACGUCACCUUAUACGAGUUCAACAUCGAGCUCAAUCGAUGGAGUCGAAAGGACGUCGAGGGAUCGCUCUUCCUUGUCAAGAGGAAUGCACAGCCAAGAUUUCAGUUCAUUGUCAUGAACCGGCGGAACACAGAUAAUCUGGUUGAGGAUCUCUUGGGAGAUUUCGAGUAUGAAAUCCAUCUUCCAUAUCUGUUGUAUCGAAAUGCAGCUCAAGAAGUCAAUGGAAUAUGGUUUUAUAAUUCACAUGACUGUGAAGAUGUAGCAAAUAUUUUGAGCAGGAUACUUAAUGCCUAUUCUAAAGUACCUCCGAAGCCUAAGGUAUCUUCUAAAAGUGAGUUUGAGGAGCUUGAAGCUGUACCUACUUCAUCAGUAAUUGAAGGUCCUCUUGAGCCAACUACAUCUGCAGCUACACCAAUUCCGGAUGUUCCUGAUGAUGCAUUGACAAACUUCUUUGGUAAUGCUCUGAACAUUGGAAACGCAUCAAAUGCAGCAAUUUCAGGGCAGCCACCUCUUGUCGCAGCAACUGUUCCUGUAACUUCUAAUGAAUCAAGUACCAAUCCAUCUGUGAUACCAACUGUUCAGCCAACCCCCGCUUUUCCAGCUUCAUCCUGCUUAAUGCCACCUCUGGAAACUAUUGAAUCAAGUAGCGGAAAUAUCAAUCGUGCUACAAGUCUUGUGAAACCUUCAUUUUUUACUCCAGCACCUUCUACAUUGGCAAUGCCUCAAGCAGCAUCUAUAACUCCGAAUGCUCCUCCACUGUAUCCUCCAGUGACAAUGCAGCGUCCAUAUGGCACUCCAUUACUACAACCCUUUCCACCACCUGCUCCAUCUGCAUCCCUUACUCCGGCUCCAAACUAUGGCCCAAUUCUUACAAAAGAAAAAGUCCGUGCUGCACUCUUGAGGCUCGUGCAGAAGACUGAAGCAACUCCAAGGAUGACUUGACUGGCCAUUUAUUGAUAUUAAAUUCAUUGUCUAUCCUAUUAACAGAAUUUUUACAGUUGAAGUAUACAUUUCAGGGAGGGUGUUUGCUUUUGAUAUUUCUUUUUGCUUGUUGUACUCUGAAUAGUGUAAUGGACUAAAGUUGAUCUGAUCAUCUAAAUGUGUUCUUUGCAGAACAAUGAAUUCAUUGAUAUGGUAUACCGGGAGAUGCUAAAUGCACAUUACCCGUGAUGAGCAAAA